ACAGAGUUGGUCAGUCAGUCAGUCAGUCAGUCAGUCUUCAGUCGUCUUUGGCGUCAGACAGUGCGUCAACAGAAGUCCGGUAGUUGGGAGUAUUGGUGGUGGACAUGCCGAUGGACGUUGGAACGUGAAACCAAUCCUGAAAGUAACAAAAACUUAAAUAUUUCUUACAACUGUUGAGAAGUAAUUCAAAUUAGUGAACGAAAUACCUGGAUAAGAAGUGUACGUAAGUGUUCACGUGCUCAAUCAUACGUUUAUUAAGUGAAAUGGUAAGCCGAAAAAUUUCGGGUACUCGUGAUCAACCGGCUUAACAGAUCAUCUUUCAAUUUAAAGUUUAAUGCAAAUUCAUAGAAUUUUGUUCGGUUUGUCAUCUUAUACAAGGACUGAUCGGUGAGUUGGGUUUUAUCCCAAUUUCAUCAACCUUAAUUUGAUAACAACAGCUGUGUCACGGGUGAAACAUAAAGUAAAACGAAUCUCAAGAUAUCACAUCCGUCGUGUGUUGAUCUUAGACUUAUUUUCCGUUAGUUAUUUAAUUUUGAACAUUGCAAGUACAUUGCUGCGAGGAGUGUGACUGGUGUGUUAUGUACUCAAAACGGGGUGGUGAAUCGGUUGAAGGUGGCAAAUGGAGGCUUAGCUAAAGGCAACCCGAAAGUGAGAGAAAAGUGUCGAGAAGAUACUCCGAAAGACUAGGAAAAACUACAAGAGGAGGAUGGCUGCUUCGUACACAAUCUGUAAUCGCCUCACGAUCGUGGUCGGGCUCCUGUGGUUCGCACUUCUCGGUAUAAGCUGGGCGAAGCCACCGACGAACGAGGAAAUCGUUGAAGACGAACGCGACUACUUCGAAGUUCUGGAGCGAUCGUUGCUUUUCUACGAAGCUCAGCGGUCGGGACGCCUUCCAAAGAACAAUCGAAUACCCUGGAGAGGGGAUUCCGGUUUGGAUGAUUGUGGUCAGAACGGCGAGGACCUCACUGGAGGCUACUAUGACGCUGGAGACUUUGUUAAGUUUGGCUUCACAAUGGCCUCCAUGACGACCCUCUUGGCCUGGGGUGCGGUAAGCUGGCCCCAAGCCUACGAGGCAGCAGGUCAACUGGGCGAACUGCGCGAGGCGGUCAAGUGGGCGACGGAUUACUUCAUCAAAUGUCACGUGAGCGAAGACGUCUUUUAUGGCCAGGUCGGAGACUUCGCCCUGGAUCAUGCAUUCUGGGGAAGACCAGAGGAAUUGAACACCUCGAGACCGGCUUUCAAGAUCGAUUCGGAGCAUCCAGGCUCAGAUCUCGCCGGUGAAACCGCCGCUGCCCUGGCGGUUACCAGCAUCCUCUUCCGCGACUCGAACGCCUCGUACAGUGCCGAGUGUCUUCGGCACGCCAAGGAACUUUACCACUUUGCCAAUACUCGACGAGGACUUUACCACGAGGUGAUCAAAGGUGCAGCUCAAUACUACGAGAGCACCGACUACGGAGACGAGCUGGCCUGGGCUGCGGCUUGGCUUUUCCGAGCCACCAACGAGUCGAAGUACCUGGAGGACGCCGAGCACCAUUAUCAGCACUUCCACCUGAAAGAACGACCGAAUGAAUUCUUCUACAAUAAAAAGGUGGCUGGUGUACAGGUUAUCAUGGCUCAACUGACCGACCAGCAAGAAUAUCAAAAUGCCGCCCGAGCCUUCUGCGAUUUUUCGGUUGGACAGCAGAAGCGGACUGCGAAAGGCCUCCUGUACAUUGAUAAAUUUGGCACUCUUUGCCACGCAGCUAACGUAGCAUUCAUCUGUCUUCAGGCGGCCGAUUACCCGGCCAUCGGCAACUCCGAAGAGUACAGAAAUUUCGCACGUGAUCAGAUACACUAUAUCCUCGGCGGUGCAGGGCGAAGUUAUAUCGUCGGAUGGGGAUUGAAUCCACCGAAACAGGCACAUCACGCGGCAGCUUCUUGUCCGGAUAGGCCAGCGCCUUGCGGGUGGGAAGAAUUCAAUCGAAAAGCACCAAACCCGCAGAUUCUCCACGGAGCUUUGGUUUCAGGACCAGACGAAGCUGAUAGUUUUCUCGAUUUCAGAGAAGACUAUAUCUACACAGAAGUAACACUUGACUACAACGCCGGGUUCACUAGUGCUGUUGCAGGAUUGGCGCAGCUGCUGAUCAAUUCUCCUGAGUGAUUUCACUAGACGCGAAUUUGGAAGCAUGUCGUGUAUUUACCAAUUUACGAAACCUUGGCCUUUAAUUAUUAUGGCAAUAUGUCACUGCUAGAUCACGAACAGCUGUUCCUUUCCCAUUCGUUGAUUGAAGAAUCAGUUAAGAACUGAUACAGAACUGCAGAUCGAUUGAUACUUGGACUUCCUUUAGUUAAUAUCAUGUCCAACGGAAUUAAAUGAUUCGUACAUUCUCUUCCACUCUUCGUAUCACAUAACAUUAAAAUACGUUUUUCUUAAAUCUGGGACUUUGCCGACAUUGUCGACGAUUGACAUUAUAUAAAAACUCUGCCAGAGAUGAGCUACGGCUGUUUGGCACAGAUCGACAAGAGAUUAACCGAACUGAUAUCCCGUUUUUCUAACAGAUUUCUUCAUCCAGAUCUUGGCCAUCGCACAGAAAAUCGAAGGCUUUGUUCAGAGUCUAUUUUUUAAUAACCUGAAGUGAAACGCGCAUCGUCGUUUGAGAUAAGCCAUUAUAUUUUUAAAUAUGGAUUUUCGGUAUUAUAUUUAUUUUUCGUAACCAUUAAUUAUUUUAUUUUUGACACGUCAAAAAAAUGUUCCGUCUUUUUCCGUGUAUAAGUGUGACACAAAAAUGUAUUUAAUUGUUAUCAACCGCCUAUUCACGGUUGGAAUUUGUACAGUAUUCGCAGCAGCAGUAAACUUCUGCUUAUACCAUAACUAAGCACUUUAGAAUAACUAUAAAUUAAUCGGAUAAAAGUUAAGGUGCCAAAGGAUUAAUUCGACUGGCUGUGUUUUCGAUAUUCUGUACGUAGAUCUAGGUAUGAUAUACCCCGUACGUCACGCGUACCAAUUAUAUGUUUCUAGAUGCAUGUAUAUUUGUUUUCAAAAAAGCUUCAACAAAUAUCAUCUACGUUUGACGUACAUGUACCUAGAUAUGAGGUUUAUGUAUAAUAUACACUGUAUACAUAUACAAUAAAAUAAUUCAUGAAUAAACUAACCCUCUGAUG